GAAGCGCACGUAUUCCCUCAAUUUUUGAGACUCUCUUCAGCCUCGGAGCUUUGUCGCCAAUGGAGAGGCUUCUGCAACCACCGUCGUCUUCUUCUUCCCCCAAAUUCCCGUCGAGGGCUUCUCCUUUCCUUCCUCGUCUCCGCUCAUCGAGCCUCGGCUUCCUCUCCUCGCGCCGCCCCGAGUCGCGCCGAGUCAGCUCAACCUCCUGCAACAGUUUCCACAACCAAUCGGGUUACACGACGCAUAAGGGAUCUAACAGAGCUAUCAAUUCCAAUUCCUUGAAUGGGUCUCCGUGUUCGGGUGAAUCGAAACCUAAUCCUGGAUCUCUCCAACGGAUCGUGGGGGCAGUAGUUUCUGAGAAUCGAAAGACGUUAUCUACUGGAACAGUUAUACUAAUCUCUGCAGUAGCUGCGCUUCUGCUUAACCCUCUUCUUGCACCACCUGCUUUCGCCAGCUUCCAGACUGCAGCUAAAUCCGGCUGGCUAACGAGUGCCUGGACUGGUUUCCUCGCCGGUUGCUUACAUACUCUCUCGGGACCUGAUCACCUCGCUGCUUUAGCUCCGCUUUCGAUCGGACGCACGAGGAUGGAGAGCGCUGCCGUUGGAGCUCUCUGGGGAUGCGGGCACGACGCUGGUCAAGUCAUCUUCGGUUUACUGUUUCUUCUGCUCAAAGACCGGCUUCACAUCGAGGUGUUGCAGACUUGGGGUACGAGAAUCGUGGGGCUGACGCUCGUCAUCAUCGGUGCUAUGGGAAUCAAAGAAGCUUCCGAAGCAGCUCCGGAGCCUUGCGUGGCCUUGGAGACCGACGUGAGCGGCAUGGUGGCAACAGAGAAAGAAGCCUUGUCGUCGCCGCAGCAGCCCAAAAAGAAGAAGAUCGGGUUUGCUACGUUUGCAACUGGAGUGGUUCACGGGCUACAACCUGAUGCUCUGAUGAUUGUUUUGCCUGCGUUGGCUCUGCCGUCUCGGAUAGCAGGGUCUGCGUUUCUGCUGAUGUUUCUGGUUGGGACGGUUGUGGCGAUGGGGAGCUACACGGCGUUUAUAGGGUCUUGUAGUGAGGCGUUGAAAGAAAAGGUGCCGAGGAUCACUGAGAAGCUGACUUGGGUUUCGUCUCUGGUUGCUAUUGCUCUUGGGUUGGGGAUUGUCAUCAGCCCUUUCUUUGGUUUUAGCCUCUACUGAGAACAAAAGUUUAAGCUUCUUCAAGUAUUUGUAGCUACUCUACUACAAGUUAAGAGAGUUUUUUUUUGGUCUAUUCAAUUUACUACUAGUGCUUGUAUGAACUAAAUCUCUUGCUUUUGAACUCUACUCGGAGAAAGACUGUGUCGUGAUUAUUUUUAUUUCUUUUUAAGACAAGUUUGGUUUUUUGGUUUGCA